AUGCUUGAUAUAUCACCUUGGUAUAGUCCUGAAAUACACGGGGAAUUCCCAACUCCACGUGCAGCUCAUAGUUGUGAUAAAAUAGGUGAUAAGCUAUUUUUCUUUGGGGGAUGGAAUGGUUUAGAAGCUUUGGAUGAUUUACAAAUGCUAUAUAUGGUUCCUAAAUUUAAGUGGCAAAAAUUAACUUCAUCUGAUAAUCGACCUUCCCCAAGGAAUAAUCAUGCUUCAGCUUCUUAUGGAAAUAUCCUUAUAAUACAUGGAGGUCAUAAUGGUGAAAUUUGGCUUGAUGAUAUGUUCCAAUUUGAAAUUUUAAAAUCAGAUUUCUAUGAAUAUAUAGAGGUAAAUGAAUGUCUAAUAGGAGAAUGGAAAAAAUUAGCCCCUUGUAGAAAUACUUCAAAUCCUCCUGCUAGAGCCUGUCAUACAUUAAGUAGAGUUUUUAAUAAACUAUACCUUUUUGGUGGAUAUAAUGGAUCUCAUUGUUUUAAUGACUUGUGGAUGUUUGAUCUAGUAACUAAAAGGUGGUCUGAAAUUAUACUUGAAGGGAAAAUUCCAUUUGGUAGAAAUGGUCAUUGUACAGUAUCUAAUAGUAGAAAUAUAAUUUUUUUUGGGGGACAUUCUGGAAAAUCUAGUGUAAAUGAAGUGUUAUGUUUUAAUUUAUCUACUAAUACUUUUAGUAAACCAAAAAUGUAUGGAGUUUGUCCACCUGCAAGAAAAGGACAUACUACUAAUAUUAUAGAUGAUAAUACUAUAGUAGUAUUUGGAGGGUAUAGUAGAGGAAUUCGGAGUAAUUGUUUAUAUAUCCUUGAUAUUACAAAUUUACCAGAAAGUGUACGUUGGGAACAAAGAAUUGAAAAUCAGGCUCCUAGCCCAAGACAAAGACAUUCUACUACUACAAUAGGUCCUGGAAAGAUUUUUUUAUUUGGUGGAUAUGAUGGGAAAAAUUGGUUAGCAGAUGCUUAUAUAUUAGAUACUAGUAAAUUUUUGGAUUCAUUUCAUAAUAGAAAAAUAUCAUUACCAAUGCUUGGAAAUUUGGGUUGUCUUGUUGAUAAUCCAGAUUUUAGUGAUGUUGUAUUUAUUCUUAAAAAUGGUGAGACUCUUUAUGCUCAUAAAUGUAUUUUAAUAGCUCAAAGUAGCUAUUUUAAAGCUAUGUUUAAAGUUGGUAUGCGUGAAUCUUCUUCAGAAACAAUAUAUUUACAUCAUAUUUGUAAAAGAGAAUUUUAUGCAAUUAUUAAAUUUCUUUAUACAUCGUAUUUAGAUGAGAUUGAUGUUGAAAUAUUAUGUAAUAUAAUGCAUCUUGCAGAUAUAUAUGAUAUAAAAUCCUUAUCUGAAAUCUGUGAAAGAAAAAUUCGAAAUUAUACAGAUAUAAGUAAUGUAUGUAAGCUUGUAGAUAUUGCAAAUAGGUAUAAUGCAAAUACUAUAGUGGAUUAUUGUAUUGAAUUUGCAGCUAAUCAUGCUUCUAUAGUUAUAAGAAGUAGGGAUUUCCAAUAUCUUACUUCAACUAAUCCUCAUUUGGCUAUGAAGAUAUCUAAUUCUGCAAUUAAUAACCUUCUAUGA